AUGGCUCAAUUACCGCCUCAGACGAUCCAGAGGGAUCCCCAGCUCUUUUACUGGAUCCUCUUCCCCAUCACCGUGGUCAUGAUCCUGACUGGUGUGCUGCGGCACUAUGUCACCGUGCUCAUGGCCUCGGCGCCCAAGAAGGUCGAGCAGCCCGCGGUCAAGGAGCAGCGCUCGCUCAUCCACGGCAUCGCCGUGCGGUCCAACUUCCACGCCCUGACCGAGCCGUCCUUCAGCGCGCGCCGCGACGCCCUCACCACCGCCUACGAGACGGGCGCCUACCUCAAGGACCCGGACCGGAAGGGCCAGCCGCCCGCGAACCCCAUGACCGACCCCGGUGCCAUGGACGGCAUGAUGGGCAUGAUGAAGAACAACAUGGCCAUGAUCAUCCCCAACACCCUGAUUAUGAGCUGGAUCAACGCCUUCUUCUCCGGAUUCGUCAUUCUGAAGCUGCCCUUCCCCCUCACCAUCAAGUUCAAGAGUAUGCUGCAGGCUGGCGUGGCUACCAGGGAGAUGGACCCCCGAUGGAUGUCGAGUAUCAGUUGGUACUUCUUGUGUUAUUUCGGCCUGCAGUUUGUCUUCAACCUCCUGCUAGGAAACGAAGCUGCCGCAAGCCAGAUGGCCCAACAGAUGCAAGGAAUGGCACCCCAGGCGCCCAACAUGUUCGGCCCUGGCGUUGACCCCGACAAGCAGUUUCAGACCGAGGCAGAGAACCUGGCCGUCAUUGACCAUUACUCGGUCCUGGAUGGCGUCGAAGAGAGAUUGCUUCAGGGUAUCAAGUCUAAAUAG